AUGCUGAGCGACCAGGAGAUCGCAAGAGCAGCUCUGGAGCUCGCAGAGUUUCGCCGGAACGAUGCACUCGCGAAGCUGUUGGACCAGUACGAGGUCCUCAUCCAGAGUUACAAGCGCCUGAAGAGUGACUAUGAAGAGGAGCGCGAGGCCCGAGAAAAGUACAAGCAGAUGGCCAAGGAUCAAGAGAGAAACCCCUUCGUACUAGUCCUCGUCGACGGCGAUGGCUACGUCUUUAACGAAAACCUAAUUGCAAAGAAGGCCGAGGGUGGCAAUAUCGCAGCUCAGAUGCUGAACGACGAGAUCAAAGCCAGUCUUAGGCGGAGGGGUCUCGAACAUUGCCAGAUUAUGAUCCGUGUUUAUGCCAACGUCAAGGGCCUGUCGCAUGCGCUGUGUAAGGCGGGCCUUGUCGGCGGAGAAAGCCGGUCGUUGGCUCCGUUCAUUGCAUCCUUCAAUCGGUCGUACGGUCUGACCGAGUUCGUUGAUGCCGGAGAGCUUAAGGAGAAUGCUGACUUUAAGCUGCGUGCCCUCCUGCGUCUAUAUGCUGACAAUACUCAAUGCAAGCACAUCUACUUUGCUGCUUGCCAUGAUGUCGGCUAUAUAUCUGAGCUUACGCCUUUCAUGGGCAACAGUUCCAAGUUCACGCUCAUCAAUACCCCCGGCAUCCGAUUCCAUGACGAGUUUACCAAGCUGGGCAUGGGUAUUGAGGAGUUUCGCAACGUGUUCACCCACAGGCCUCUUGAUGGGCUCCCAUACCGUCCUGCUACCAACGGUACCGGCAACCACAAAAUUCCGGCGGUACCGACGUCUCCUAUCAAGCCGUCGGCCACUCUUAGCACGCCGUCUACUAAGAGCUCAUCUAAAGAUGAGUCGAAGACAAUCUGCAUCUUCCAUACUAUUGGAAAGUGCCGUUAUGGCAAAUCCUGCAAGAAUCUGCAUCCGAUUGAGGCAUCAUCGGAUGUGAAGUCUGUCCCCUCCACGCCGACGUUUUCGACAACGAGCAGCAGCAAGAUUGCACCAACUACAGACGAGUUCCCCGGCCCGUUUGCUAACCUCGUCGCCGAUUUGCCGCGCAAGAGCGAUAUCCCUCCGGGUUUUGUUGCCGUAAAUGCCAACAACUACCGGCUCGAUCCCAUCCUACCCCGCAUCACGCCCGAACAACAGAGCAGGCUGAAGGCGCGUAUCGAUAAGCGUCGCGUGUGCAACAACUAUCAACUUUCCGGACGCUGUGACAAUGGUGAUAGAUGCGAGUACGACCAUACUCCGCUGGAGGAAGAUCUUAAGCCAGCGCUGGAGUGUCUCGCUCGCUCGCAGCCUUGUUCUCGGCGUGGCGCCUGCCGGAUUGAUGGUUGCCCUCAUGGCCAUAUUUGCCAGAUACUUGACUGCAAGUUCCGUGGGGGCAAGACAUACUGUCGCCUUGGCCACCUUGCGCAUGGGGAGAAGCUUGUGUUUGACAGGCUGGUCCCUGCCAUCGGUAGGAAGGGGACUGGGAGCGUUAUGAGCGGGAGCAGCGCUUCCAGUGGGUAA